AAACCUAGCGUUUUACAGAUUAUUUUAUUUUGUGUAGAGAACACAUAGCGUCUCCGAAGAUCAGCCCCAAUGAACAUGUCAGUGUUGACUUUACAAGAAUAUGAAUUCGAAAAGCAGUUCAACGAGAAUGAAGCCAUCCAAUGGAUGCAGGAAAACUGGAAGAAAUCUUUCCUGUUUUCUGCUCUGUAUGCUGCCUUUAUCUUUGGUGGUCGGCACGUAAUGAACAAACGAGCGAAGUUUGAACUGAGGAAGCCAUUAGUGCUCUGGUCUCUGACCCUCGCAGUCUUCAGUAUAUUCGGUGCUCUUCGAACUGGUGCUUAUAUGGUGUACAUUUUGAUGACCAAAGGCCUGAAGCAGUCAGUUUGUGACCAGAGUUUUUACAAUGGACCUGUCAGCAAAUUCUGGGCUUAUGCAUUUGUGCUAAGCAAAGCACCUGAACUAGGAGAUACAAUAUUCAUUAUUCUGAGGAAGCAGAAGCUGAUCUUCCUGCACUGGUACCACCACAUCACUGUGCUCCUGUACUCUUGGUACUCCUACAAGGACAUGGUUGCCGGGGGUGGCUGGUUCAUGACCAUGAACUAUGGCGUGCACGCCGUGAUGUACUCUUACUAUGCCUUGCGAGCAGCGGGUUUCCGAGUCUCCCGGAAGUUUGCCAUGUUCAUCACCUUGUCCCAGAUCACUCAGAUGCUGAUGGGCUGUGUCAUUAACUACCUGGUCUUCUACUGGAUGCAGCAUGACCAGUGUCACUCCCACUUUCAGAACGUCUUCUGGUCCUCCCUCAUGUACCUCAGCUACCUUGUGCUCUUCUGCCACUUCUUCUUUGAGGCCUACAUCGGCAAGAUGAGGAAAACCACGAAGGCGGAAUAGUGUUGGAACUGAGGAGGAAGCCAUAGCUCAGGGUCAUCAAGAAAAAUCAUAGACAAAAGUAAAUGGCACAAGGAAUCACAUAUGGUGCAGCUAAAACAAAACACAUGAGCAAACACAAAACCCAAGGCAGCUUAGGGAUAAUUAGGUUGAUGUAACCCAGUAAGUUUAUGAUCCUUUUUGGGUGAGGACUCACUGAGUGCACCUCUAUCUCGAAGGACGGCUGCUAGAAGACCCCAUUCCCUCUUUAUCUGUCAACGUUAAGACAAAUGAGAACAAAAGUGAGCCAGAGGCAGAGAGAGAGAAAUCGAAGACAAACAGGUUGUUAACACUAUGAAAAGUAUUUACUAAGUGUUAUAUUUCUCUAAGGAUGAAAGAAGUUUACUUAAAAAAGAAAAAAAAAACUGUGCAAGCACAUGCACACACAGUCCUUUCUAAUCUUUUUGACACUAAACUGGAGCCAAUAGAAUAGAUAAAAAUGGAAGAGACACAGGGUGUAUAUCUAGAACAUUAAUCCUUUUGCAAAACUUAAAGCAUUUUUAAGAAAGGUUAAUAGUUGUAGUCCCCAUGAGGAAAGAUAUCUGGACCACCUCUUAUGAAAAUAGAUGUAAACAAGUAUAUUUCAACUGGUGUUUUUCUCUUUAACAGCACAGCCUCAGGCUGGUGAGUUUGCCAAAACCAAAGGGGGCACAGUAUUUUUCCCAGGUUUUUCCUGGUAGGAUGGAAACAAUGCAGCUCAGUGCUGGAAGGAGCAGCUCCAUCUCAGAGCAUUUGUGAUCAUUUUAUUCGUAGUUUCUAGUCUUAGAUAUGAAGCAUUAUCUUUGGUUCAGGUGCCCCAGGCUUUUGAAAAGAGUAAAUAUGGGGUAGAAAAGGUGAAACUCAACCAAAUGAUUUGAAAAUGGAUUCUGUAGUACAUGUAAAAAGGUUCCACCCAAUACCAUUCUUGAGCUGAGAAAGGGGGGAAAAAGCAGGGAAAUGAGCUGAAGAUCUAUACAAUGUAUACCCCUUCCUAUUUGACUUCACACAGUCAUAAGUUUCCACAUGAAAAGCUGUGGUACGGUUCAUAUCUUCUCUAUUUUUGUGAAUUUCAAAAAGAAAUCUGCAGGGCUCUUCCUGAUACUGGGUGAACACUGUGUUUCUGCAUCAUCUGCAUUUGCUUCAUAAGCAGUGUAGAGGUGUGUAAAGUGCCCUCUGCUGGUCAAGUGGACUUACUUCAACAAAUGCUUCAUGGGAAGUUUGACUGGAACAGUUGACGACAACAAAGGGCCCCCUAUAGACUUAUCCUUCAAAUUUUAAGUGUUACAAAAUACACGUCAUAUUUGGCCAAAUCAGAAGACAUCUUACCUGCUUCAAGUCAGCUUCAGAAAUUUUUUAAAAGGGAUUUUCACUCUGGAACUCAGCAAAUCAGUUUAUUAAGAGCCAUAUUCUUUAAAGGAAAAAGCUAGUUAAUAUAUUAUUGGUAAUAUUUCAGUCCUUUACAAGCCAAAUGUGUAAACAUUCCUAGUAUUUCAAAGAAACAAUUAUGUAAAGUUGUUCAAUGUGAUAUAAUAGUAUUCUAAUUGGUUAAGUAGCUUAAUGAUUAGACAAACUAGCUGAAAAGAUUAGGGGCUGCUACACUGCGUAGAUUAUACACGUAUAGCCACACAUGUAUGCACAAAGAUGUGGGGUGCACUGAACUUCAAAGCCCAAAUGAAUAGGAACACACUUUCUAACAGAAAAGAAAUUGUUGUUUAUCUUUCUUGCUUUAUUUGAGAGUGUACAGUAAAAGGGAUUUUUUUCAAAUUAUUUUUAUAUUAUUUUAGCUUUAAUUGUGCUGUCAUUCAUGAAACAGAGCUGUUCUUCUCUGUCAGAGAUGACAAGGGCUUUCUCAGCAUCUCGUUUAUGUGUGGAAUUUAAAAGAAUAAAGUUUUAUUCCAUUCUGUGUGAAUGGUUUGAACAGUGAACAAAGAAUCCAUGCAAACCCAGUCAUGACUGAUAGGCCAGGGUGGGGGGCAGGGUGUACGCAGGGAGGGAAGCUGUUACAUCUGUGUUAAGUUAUUGUGAACAGUCUAUGAUGUCUCGACCUUGGUUCAUUGAUGAGAAACAAUUGAUGGAGGAAUGUAUUAUUAUUAGGGCAAAGGCUGACAUGAGCUCAAAAGAUAGGUCCUGCUGUAGCAACAAAUAGACCCUUAUGAUGCAAAUAAUGUUAUUUUGAGCUUUGAAAAUACAUGAUACUGUGCAAUAAGCUUUUUUUUUUCUUAUGACAAAAUAAGCAGAAUAAUUAAACUGAGGAAAAGGUCAAAUAACAGCUGAAUUAAGUUUAAUUGAAGGACCAGUUAGAGCUCAUCUGGUUGACUUGAUUUAAUUAUUUAAUCCAUUGACUUAUCAUUGAUCUGUUAAUGCAGGAGAGAAAAAGGAGGUGAGCAUAAACCUGAAAUAGGCUCUAGGUGAUUCCCAAUCACCUUCAUUUUGAUGUAGGUUCAUACUUGUGUCCACUUGUCACAUAAUUUAGAAUUUGUGUUUACAGGUUGAAUGUCUAAUAAAUAGUUUUAAAAUUAGCUAAAUAUAUCUAAAGGCAUUUCCAAUGUUUAUCAUGGGAGGAGAAAAACACACAUUAAAAAAAAAUUCUGGUAUUACAGGCUCAGUACAAUGUUUUCAACAUCUCAGCUUAACUGCUUAAUUACAUCAAGAUAGGAGGCUCUAUGGUGAGCCCAUGGCGAAUCUGAAACCUACCAGAGAAUUGACUGCCACAUAGACAAUUCUGCUGUCAGUUAACAUUCCAGAAAAAUUUGGGCAGGCAAGUUUUUAUAGCUGCCCCACUAUGCUGCAAUCAAUUAUCUUUAUAGUGAAGAUUUUUUCACUGCAUUCCAGUUAUAAUAUGGUGAAAACAUUCCUGCAUUGAAAAAAAACAAAUUCUUCAUUUCACAUAUAAGUACAUGCAAUUUGAUACACUAGGUCUGAGUAUCAACCCAAGCCUGUGAGUUUGCAAUGAAAAGCAUUCUAAAGAGAAAUGCUCUUCACAGAGGAGGAGGUUUCAUCUAGACCUUCUAGCUUUACUAGUGAGAAAAGCGACUACUAUACUAUUUAUAUCCAGUGCCAGACCAAAAGUACCAAAUGAAUCAUAUAUUGAGGUUAUUAUUCCAGGUAAUUUAUUCUCAUCCUUCUAAUCACACUCCUUUGCAAAAAUUAGGAAAAGGACAGUACAUAGAACAUAUCGGUGAAGGGGGUGAAAAGGACUGAUUACAUCUCUGUCACAUCACCUCUCUGCAAAUGUAGCUCUGUACUGAGUCAAAAACUUCAUUUAAGUGGGGUUUUAAUAGAAUUAAAUGGAAGAGCACUUCUAGGAAAGAGACCCACAGAAUUUAAAAAUCAGAUGAGGUAACUUCGUGAGGAGAUAAAACCUGUCACAGAGUAACAAAUCGCCUGAAGUCAAUUACACUGGAGUAGCAUAUUCCAGAAGUCUGGUCUCAUUCCCAGACUGCUGAAUUACCUGGGAGAGACAACAUGCUCAGGUUACUCUCUUUUCUUUAUUGUGGUAGAACAGCCUCUCUGCAGUGACUGUGUGUCACACGACUGAGUCAGCUCCCACACACCUGGGCUUUUUCCAGUUUAGUUAAUGAUUCUUUAACAUGGUUGUUGGAUUGGCAACAUGCUGAUGCAAGAGAGUUGUUAGGAGAGUGAAAAGCAAAUAGGCUUUGCCUCCCAGAGUUCAGUGCUUUGAGUUGUAUGUGCAUGGUCCAUGUCUGUCUCUUUCAGAUACUUAUUUCCCUGAAAAAGUUUCCAUUCCAAAAAGUCCAAUUGUUUUUGAGAAUCUCAUGAUGAAAGCCCAGAGCUUUCUGGUAGCCCAUUCUUUUUGUUUUUGAUAAUAAAUAUUUUGUUACGAGUUCGGGAUGAUAGUGGGGCCUAUGUUCGAACUGUGAGUCAUCGUCUCCUGUGACUUGUUAAAGUUGUUCUCCUUCUCCUGUCCCUUUUAUAUUUAUAUACAAGACCUGAUUCUCUGUGCCUCAGACCCAUUACCAUCAAGAAGAGAUUUUGCUGAGAAUACACCACCGCAAAGUGAGAGCUGACAAAGCAUCGACUAUACUCUAUUUUGUGGCGACAAUCAGUAGGGAGUGUUAGGUCCCAGUUUUCCAGUGUUCAGGAGCCUCUGCAUGCUGAUGCCCGAUACUUCGGCCAAGCAAGUGUUAGUGCAGGUAUACCAUUUUCUCGAAGGUCGGUUUUGACACUCCCUCUUGGAAACAUUCUAGAGCCAAUGUCAGAACCCGCAGCUAAAGAGGCCAGGGAAGCACACCUGUGCAGAGCAUGGGAGAAGACUCAGAAGCCUGCUGCAUCAAGUUACUUUCUUCAUUCUCAGACACAAAAUUCAGGGCUCACAGAAGGGGGGAGGGGGGCGGGGAAUAAUUCCCAGGCUUCCCUGAAUCCCGAAUUACACUUUUUAAAAAAGUGAAACAAGUUCUAGCAUUAAAGAGACAGACAAUGGGAGCACACUGCGUGUGGGCCCAGGGCAGGCAAAAAUCUGCAAUCAGAUACACUUCACUGGAAAGCCAAACCGAAAACUAUGUUGUAGUAAACUGAAGCAUCCGGUUAAAUCAAAGAAACGUUGCAUCAGUCAGGGCCAAGCCAUAUUUGCAACCCAUUUAGGUCAGGAUUGGGGAGUUCCUGACUCAUGCUGGUUUUUAAACACUGUUAUUUUCCCAAUGCUUGACGGCACUUGAGACCUUUUUCUUCCAGUGGACCGAAAUCAAGAAGGCUCCAGGAGCAGCCUGGUAGCACUGCCCAGGCAUGCCAGUGUUAGGCAGGUCCGCCUGCCUCUGGGCAUGUUCAGGCAGGAGGUUGCUUGAAAACCACUGGAAGAUUCAGCCUCUUGAGGUCCCAGGGCCUGAGUGCAGAUAGAAUCCCACCCAUACAAG